GGUGGUGUGUGGGCAGCGCUGCUCUGGCCCUGUCUGCUCUCCCUGGGUGUCCCUCUGGAGUGUAAGGAUGAGCAGGGCAGCAUCACACGCUGUGCCUCCAUCUCCCAGGAGAAACUACUGGACCGGGUCAUCCAACAUGCCGAGCUCAUCUACCGCGUCUCUGAGGAGUCCUGUACUCUGUUUGUGAGUACCACACUACUCCUACGUACUUCCUACAUUUUCAACGUACCUCCUCUAACAGUACUCACUGAAGAAAUGUGUUCAUUCAUAUCUGUCAUAUCUGUCUGCACAUUAUAUGUGCCCUGUGUUUUGGGGAAGUCCUAUGGAAAUAAUUACCCUACCAAUCUCUUUGCUAUAUGCUCCACCAAUAUAACCAACACCUUCUAGCUUCAAAGUAGUUUCCCAACUCUCCUCAGACAAAGAAUGAUUUAUUGAAGGUAUAGAAUCAAGACCAUGCUGAUAAUGAUAUACUGUGCUGUGAAUUCAUAUUGUGGUUUUCAGUAGCAGGAAAGCCCAUUCGGUAGGGAACCAGCAUCAGCUUUGAAAUGGAAACAUCAUGUAUCUCCUCGUUAUUGGCAGUGGUGGAAAAAGUACCCAAUUUUCAUACUUGAGUAAAAGUAUAGAUACCAUAAUAGAAAGUUACUCAAGUAAAAGUGAAAGUCAGCCAGCAAAAUACUACUUGAGUAAAAGUCUAAAAGUAUUUGGUUUUAAAUAUACUUAAGUAUCAAAAGUAAAUGUAAUUGCUAAAAUGUACUUAAGUAUCAAAAUAAAAAUAUAAAUAUAAAUCAUUUAAAAUUCCUUAUAUCAAGCAAAGCAGACAGCACCAUUUUCUUGUUUUUAAAAUGUAUGUAUAGCCAGGGGCACACUCCAACACUCAGACGUUAUUUUCAAAAGAUGCAUUUGUGUUUAGUGAGUCCGCAGGCCAGAGGCAGUAGGGAUGAUAAGUACGUGGAUUUUACAAUUGUCCUGUCCUGCUCAGCAUUCAAAAUGUAACGAGUACUUUUGGUUGUCAGGGAAAAUGUAUGGAGUAAAAAGUACAAUAUUUUAUUUAGGAAUGUAGUGAAGUAAAAGUACAAGUUGUCAAAAAUAUAAAUAGUAAAGUACAGAUACUCCAAAAAACUACUUAAGUAGUACUUUAAAGUAUUUUUACUUAAGUACUUUACACCACUGGUUAUUGGAAAGACACUGCAUGAGGCCAACAGAUGAGAACAAGUUGAAGAAGAAAACACCAGCCGCUCUGCUUGUAGCUCAGUUGACAGACGGCUCGUCUCUAUUGGCUGGAGUUAGGCGAGCAUGAGUCAGUGUUUAUCUGACAUGUUGUUCAUUGUUCCCUGUCUGUUUGAUACAUAGGAGGAGAUGUUUGUCCCUAUCCCCAUGCGCUCCCAGAGGAACCAGGCAGGAUACACGUGCGCCACCAAAGCCUUCCCCAUCCCCGGCUCCAAGAGUGAAAUCCAGCAGAUCUCGGUGAGCAGAUGAGAGCUGGGCGCUCCACGGUUCUCUCUCUCUCUCUCUCUCUCUCUCUCUCCCUCCCUCUUCUCUCGCUCUCUCUCUCUCUCUCCUCUCCUCUCUCUCUAUCUCUCUCUCUCGUCUAUCUCUCUCUCUCUCUCUCUCUGUUUGUUUGGGCUUUUGUCUUAAUUUCCGGCGAUUGAGAUGUCUUCCUUCUAUGAUUGUGGGACUCCACACACACACACACACGCACGCUCGCACACACAUGUGUCUGUGUGUGUAGCCCCAAAACACAAAACAGAAUUAGCGGUGCAUAGAAACAGCACGUCGCUUUGCAGUUAUGGUCACUUAACAUAUGAGUGAGUCUUCUGUCUCUGUAGUGCCAUCUUCUGUGGUGGAUUGUUUUGGCCCAUUGAACAAAAGUUGGGCCUAAUUAUUCUUGAGAAGUCUUGAAAAUGUCCCUUGGUGCCACCAUUAUAAUUAUUGUUAUUAUUUUGUUGUUGUUGUAUUUUUACCUUUAUUUUGACAGGGAAGUAAUACUGACACUAGGGUCUCUUUUACAGAUGAGCCCUGAUUAAAUACAUCAAACACAUAUAAUAUACACAAUUACAAAACAUAUUAAGAUAAACAGACACAUUUAUCAACAUAGAGGUCUCCGAUGAUUACUCUGAACUGACCAAGGGGGGCCAGAACAUCUAAUUACAGAGAGCUCUGUAAGUUGCUCCACAUAUAGGGAUAAAAAAAAACUAAAAGCAGGUUUACCCAACUCUGUGGAGACCGAAAGGGCCUCCAGUGUUAUCCAAGCCUGAGACCGGAUUUGGUAAUUUGUAAGUCUUAAUUGAAUUAAUGAUGAUAGAUACAUAGGACGUUUCUGCAUGAUUGCUUUGUAGAUAAACACAAGAAAAUACUGCUCUUUCCUUACAUACAAAGAGGCCCAACCCACUUUUUGAUAUAGAACACAAAGGUGAGUUCAAUAACCAUCAUCGGUAAUCAACCUAAGGGGACAAUGGAAAACAGCAUUUAAUGGUUUAAGUGUAGCUGCUGUUGCAUGAACAUAAAUCAAUAAUCUAAAAUAGACAUAAAAAAUGGCCUGGACAAUUUCCUUCCUAUUAACAAAAGUCAUAGAUGCUUUGUUUCUGUAAAAUAAACCUUCUUUGAACUACAACUUCUUCACCAGCUCAGUGACAUGUUUUAAAAGGACAGUUUGUCAUCAAGCCAGCUACCAAUAUUCAUUUAAGUCUGGGUUAUGGGUCCUAGAAAAAAAACAUGCAUUUUGUUUUGCUUGCAUUUAGCGCUAACUUUAGAUUCAAUAGUGACCUCUGCAGUGCUUAAAAAUCUGACUUCAAAUGUGAAAAGGCUUGGCCAACCGAUGGAGCAAUGGAAUACAACACUGUAUCAUUUGCAUGCAAAUGAAUAUAUAUAUAUAUAUAUAUUUUUCAGCAUUACCAAUGUUAUUUAUAUACAGUGAGGGAAAAAAUUAUUUGAUCCCCUGCUGAUUUUGUACGUUUUCCCACUGACAAAGAAAUGAUCAGUCUAUAAUUUUAAUGGUAGAUUUAUUUGAACAGUGAGAGACAGAAUAACAACAGAAAAAUCCAGAAAAACUCAUGUAAAAAAUGUUAUAAAUUGAUUUGCAUUUUAAGGAGGGAAAUAAGUAUUUGACCCCCUCUCAAUCAGAAAGAUUUCUGGCUCCCAGGUGUCUUUUAUACAGGUAACGAGCUGAGAUUAGGAGCACACUCUUAAAGGGAGUGCUCCUAAUUUCAGCUUGUUACCUGUAUAAAAGACACCUGUCCACAGAAGCAAUCAAUCAAUCAGAUUCCAAACUUUCCACCAUGGCCAAGACCAAAGAGCUCUCCAGGAAUGGGCUACAAUACCAUCGCCAAGCAGCUUGGAAGAAACACAAAAUAACUGUCAAUCUCCCUUGGCCUGGGUCUCCAUGCAAGAUCUCACCUCGUGGAGUUGCAAUGAUCAUGAGAACGGUGAGGAAUCAGCACAGAACUACACGGGAGGAUCUUGUCAAUGAUCUCAAGGCAGCUGGGACCAUAGUCACCAAGAAAACAAUUGGUAACACACUACGCCGUGAAGGACUGAAAUCCUGCAGCGCCCGCAAGGUCCCCCUUCUCAAGAAAGCACAUAUACAGGCCCGUCUGAAGUUUGCCAAUGAACAUCUGAAUGAUUCAGAGGAGAACUGGGUGAAAGUGUUGUGGUCAGAUGAGACCAAAAUGGAGCUCUUUGGCAUCAACUCAACUCGCCGUGUUUGGAGGAGGAGGAAUGCUGCCUAUGACCCCAAGAACACCAUCCCCACCCUCAAACAUGGAGGUGGAAACAUUAUGCUUUGGGGGUGUUUUUCUGCUAAGGGGACAGGACAACUUCACCGCAUCAAAGGGACGAUGGAUGGGGCCAUGUACUGUCAAAUCUUGGGUGAGAACCUCCUUCCCUCAGCCAGGGCAUUGAAAAUGGGUCGUGGAUGGGUAUUCCAGCAUGACAAUGACCCAAAACACACGGCCAAGGCAACAAAGGAGUGGCUUAAGAAGAAGCACAUUUAGGUCCUGGAGUGGCCUAGCCAGUCUCCAGACCUUAAUCCCAUAGAAAAUCUGUGGAGGGAGCUGAAGGUUCGAGUUGCCAAACGUCAAGCUCGAAACCUUAAUGACUUGGAGAAGAUCUGGAAAUAGGAGUGGGACAAAAUCCCUCCUGAGAUGUGUGCAAACCUGGUGGCCAACUACAAGAAACAUCUGACCUCUGUGAUUGCCAACAAGGGUUUUGCCACCAAGUACUAAGUCAUGUUUUGCAGAGGGGUCAAAUACUUAUUUCCCUCAUUAAAAUGCAAAUCAAUUUAUAACAUUUUUGACAUGCGUUUUUCUGGAUUUUUCUGUUGUUAUUCUGUCUCUCACUGUUCAAAUAAACCUACCAUUAAAAUUAUAGACUCAUCGUGUCUUUGUCAGUGGGAAAACGUACAAAAUCAGCAGGGGAUCAAAUACUUUUUUCCCUCACUGUAGACUGUAAACAGUAGUGGCCCUAGUAUCGAACCUUGGGGCACCUCCUAAUGUAACUCAAGGAACUCAGAUUUGACCCCAUCUACCUUGAUGGCCUGAGUUCUGUCCUUGAGAUAGUUAUGAAAUCAUUGGCAAGCAUCAGUACCCAACCCUAUCGAGGACAGCUUAUUCAACAGAAUAGCAUGGUCUACAGUAUUAAAAGCUUUUGAUAAGACUACAAACAUGGCAGCACAAUUAUUUCUAUCAUCUAAGGCAUUUGCAAUAUAAUUUACAACAAACAUGGUAGCCAUAGUGGUGCUAUGUUUAGGUCUGAAUCUGGAUUGAUAACGUAGCUGUUUGUUGAUCAAUGAUUCUAAUAUUUUCGCAAGACAAGGGAGCCUGGAAAUGGGUUGAUAAUUAUCGAGAUCCCUAUUAUCCCCGCCCAUUUGGAGUGGUAGCGCACACUUUUGGAAUAUUUCCUGAAACUAAAGUUUAAAAAAAAAAAGUGUGUUACUGAGCCAGCAAUGAGAGGUGCUGCAUACUGAAGCAAAGACGGGUCCAAAUUGUCAGCCCCUAUGACUUCUUGGUGUCAAUAGCUAAUAAGACAUCAAGAACUUCUGUCUCUGUGAGUUGCAGAAAAGAAAAACCCUGAUUAGCAUUUCCCAAGCCAAGUGAGGUUUACUGAUCAUCCAUCGAGGCAACUGGAGGCUGUAUGUGGGAAGAACAGUCAACUGACUGGCCAAGACCAGUAUGACCAGCUGAGAUAAAAAUGCUGAUUAAAAUCAUCACAAAUGUUAACUAUUUCAGUAUGAUGCAGGAGUCUAAAACGACUUGCUUAGGCAGGGAAGUAGAAGAAUUACCCUGCUUUAGUGAAUUAACGGUUUUCCAGAAUUUAGAGGGAUCACUAACAGAGUCUUCCAUAGCGCUAAGGAAAUAGUUUGAUUUGGCCUGUUUAACCAUGGCAGUUCACCUAUUUCUCAAUUGCCUAAAUAGCUGCCAAUUAGCUAACGAGCUAGUUUGUCUAGCCUUAACACAGGCCUGAUUUAUCAAGAAGAAGUCUGAGAGUUUAGGAGAGUACCAUGGAUUCAUUCAGUUGUUGACUCUGAGUCGCUUGAGAGGGGCAUGUUUAUCAUCCAGAGAGGUAAAAAUUGAUGAGAAAAAGUGCCAAAACAGGGUCUGGUAUGCAGUAUGCAAUUAUACGAGGGUCAGAAUUUUUCAAUUUGCAAGCAUAGGGCAGUGGUCGCUGAUAUAAUUUGAAAAAACACCACUAACCAAUUACUUAUGGGGAUAGUUAGUCAGGAUAAGGUCAAUCAAUGAGGAGUUUGAUAGGUUCUUUAAUCCGAGAGGUUUUCGUUAUCCGCCGAGUGGAGAUGAACUCAAGACAGAUAUUCUUAAACUGAUCUGAGGCAUGUAUAAGCUAAUCAGGAUUAAGAUCUCCUAACACAACCAGUUCAGAUACAAGAAAGGGUUUUAAAUAAUCUGAAAUAAUACCAACAGCCUCUGCCAAAAGCGGCUGGGGGGCGGUAAACCACAGCAAUAUACAGUACCUGUCAAAAGUUUGGACACACCAACUCAUUCAAUGGUUUUUCUUUAUUUUUACUAUUUUCUACAUUGUAGAAUAAUAGUUAAGACAUCAACACUAUGAAAUAACACAUAUGGAAAAAGUGUUAAGCAAAUCAAAAUAUAUUUGAGAUUCUUCAAAAUAGCCACCCUUUGCCUUGAUGACAGCUUUGCACACUCUUGGCAUUCUCUCAACCAGCUUCAUGAGGUAGUCACCUGCAAUACAUUUCAAUUAACAGGUGUGCCUUCUUAAAAGUUAAUAUGUGGAAUUUCUUUCCUUCUUUCUUGAGCCAAUGAGUUGUGUUGUGACAAGGUAGAUAGCCCAUUUGGUAAAAGACCAAGUCCAUAUUAUGGCAAGAACAGCUCAAAUAAGCAAGGAGAAACGACAGUCCAUCAUUACUUUAAGACAUGAAGGUCAGUCAACCCGGAACAUUUCAAGAACUUUGAACGUUUCUUCAAGUGCAGUCGCAAAAACCAUCAAGCGCUAUGAUGAAACUGGCUCUCAUGAGGACCACCACAGGAAAGGAAGACCCAGAAUUACCUCUGCUGCAGAGGAGAAGUUCAUUAAAGUUACCAGCCUCAGAAAUUGCAGCCCAAAUAAAUAAUUCACAGAGUUCAAGUAAUAGACACAUCUCAACAGCAACUAUUCAGAGGAGACUGCGUUAAUCAGGCCUUCAUGGACGAAUUGCUGCAAAGAAACCACUACUAAAGGAGACCAAUAAGAAGAAGAGACUUGCUUGUGCCAAAAAACAUGAGCAAUGGACAUUAGACCGGUGGAAAUGUGUCCUUUGGUCUGAUGAGUCCAAAUUUGAGAUUUUUGGUUCCAACCGCCGUGUCUUUGUGAGACGCAGAGUAGGUGAACGGAUGAUCUCUCCAUGCGUAGUUCCCAUGAUGAAGCAUGGAGGAGGAGGUGGGAUGGUGUGGGGGUGCUUUGCUGGUGACACUGUCAGUGAUUUAUUUACAAUUCAAGGCACACUUAACCAUCAUGGCUACCACAGCAUUCUGCAGCAAUACGCCAUCCCAUCUGGUUUGCGCUUAGUAGGACUAUCAUUUGUUUUUCAACAGGACAAUGACCCAACACACCCCCUGGCUGUGUAAGGGCUAUUUUACCAAGAAGGAGAGUGCUGCAUCAGAUGACCUGGCCUCCACAAUCACCCAACCUCAACCCAAUUGAGAUGGUUUAGGAUGAGUUGGACCGCAGAGUGUAGGAAAAGUAGCCAACAAGUGCUCAGCAUAUGUGGGAACUCCUUCCAGACUGUUGGAAAAGCAUUCCAGGUGAAAUAUAUUUUGAUUUGUUUAACACUUUUUUGGUUACUACAUGAUUCCAUAUGUGUUAUUUCUUAGUUUUGAUGUCUUCACUAUCAUUCUACAAUGUAGAAAAUAGUAAUAAUAACGAAAAACGCUUGAAUUAGUAGGUGUGUCCAAACUUUUUACUGGUACUGUAUAUAUGCACUUUUUGGCUUGUGGACACUUUUAUAACCAACAGCUCACACAUUUUGGGGACAGAGAUGCUAAGAGAGCAUGUUGCCAUAAGGGAAGAUCUUACCUAAAUAGCCACCCCUCCCCCCUUUUGUGUCUGUCACAUCUGAAAAUGUUGUAGUCCGCAAUGGCAAAGUCCUUAUCCAUAAUCAAAUAAUUCAGCCAGGUCUUUGAGAUAACCAGAACGUCUGGGCCAGUGUCAUGCACCCAGACAUCCAGAAAGUCCAGUUUAGACAUCAGGCUUCGCACGUUUAUAUGUAACAGUCCAAGCCCUGUGCGAGAUUUGAAAACAGCAGGAGUAUCCAUAGUGUCACAGGAGUCAAUAGAACUGGAUGAGCUAGGCACAAUAUGCUUCCUAAUUGGAUUCAAAGUUAGAGAGCUAAUAGUAGAAUUCAGGUAACUGUGCACAGGAUUACUAUUGACAACACGCCUAUGCUUAUGAGCACAUGUAGCAAAACAAUAGCUUGAUAUAAAACUAUUAAUACCAUAGGUGGAGCUAACAGUGGGUUCCUUAAGGGCGCUAACAGAGCUAUCAAUGGAAAUUAAAUUAACAGGCACAGAAUUGCUAUGUACAAUACACCUAUUAACAUGGGAAGCUGUGGUGGAAUGAUAUCGGAGUAGAUACCUUUCAGGAGCUUGAUUUGACCAGUCAAUGCCUCAGUGCUGCCUUGUAGUGUUUGGACAGGAUCCAGGCACCCAAAUGAUUAGGGUGGAUCCCAUCCUCCUUAUAGAGCAUCCUCUGCUUCAAAAAGGUGUCAGAAUUGUCUACAAAAGUUACACCCAAGGAGCUGCAGUAGUCACGUAGCCAGUUGUGAAGUGCUAUUAGCCUGCAAAAAUUUUUUUGGGGUGUUCAGCAGAGACCCAAUCAAUUCUUCAAAAUCCUGUUUCAGCCGUUCCGAGAUACCAUUCCUAAUGUCAUUAAAUCCCACAUGGACUACAACAGCAUCAAUCUCCAUGUGCUGACAUAGAACGGUGGGGAGCAGCCUAGUAAUAUCCUGUACCAGGGUAGCACAUGGUUUUUGCUCCAGAAACCGAGACGUUUCUUACCAUAGAGCUGCCUAAGAACACUGCCGGCGAGAUGGAAGAGGAAAUCUGCCCAUUCCUACACAUAGCAUGACUCGGGAGACCCGUCGAGGACUUGCGAGAGGCAGAAACUUGCACGCUCGCAACUCCUGGCACCCGGUUCGAGCCUGCCAUAACCAACGAAGCCUCAUUCACCGUAGAAGCCAGAACAGGGGACGAAGGCGCAGAUACCUCCGGAACCGAUCUCAAAGUGGAAGCCCCCAGGUAUGAGGGUAACGGAACCUCCAGAUUCAGGGCAGCAAAGCUGUUUGAAGUCUGUAUCCGGUCCGGGCUUCCCACCGCCAAGGAGGCCCCUACUGCCAAAGGCCGCUACUUUCGACUUCCACGACGAGUGACGUGCCUCCAUGGCUGGUUGGCAUGGUCAAGAAAAUAAGCAUCCUCUAAGUCAUCCAGAAGCAUCCUACCAACACCAUUUUCCAGCUACUGGAGUAGAAGAGAAAGAGAAAGUAGGCGGACGUGGAUUCCCCAGUAGCUUGUGUAAGUUCGCUAUUUGUUUGCUAAGAGUAGCCACUUCGCCUCUGUAGUCAUCUGCGAGCAAACAGUUGCUACAUUGAAAGUCCAGACAGUCCACAUUGCCCCAGAAUAGAGCACUGUAGCGUUGAAACCAUUAAUUAGCGACCUCCAUUUCAAACUACAGGCUAGCUAGGCUAACUGGUCUUCUGUGUCUCUCUUCUUGACAGGAAUUUACUAAAAGUUUGCUAUAAGCUACAGUGGGUUUGCAAAUACAGCCCGCACCCCGCCUCCCAAAACAAGCACAGACCGUGAAAUGGCAAACACAAAAGCAACAAACAUCUGAGUCACACGCCAGUAUGGCAAACACAGAGAAAGCGGAGCGCUUGCUCACUGUUUGGAUCCUGGCUGCACAUACACCAUUCAAGCGGGAGAUGACCAAGACCACUUUUAACUGUGAUCCUGCCAGGGCCAAACUCUUUAGCUUUAAGGUCAGCUAAGUCCGUGAGUUGGAAACUAAGCAGCAGCACUUAUAUAAAGGUUGAGGUGGGAAAAUGUGGAUUGCUCAAACAUAAAUAUCUAUAAGUAUUCCUCUACAACGUACAAAUGACAAGUGGAACACUGUGAGUUCGGAGCAGGAAGACGAUAAUUGUUCACUACUGUAACUGCUAGCUGAACACCAGAACUCCCUCUGCAUUCUACACUAAAUGCCAAAAAGUUUAAUUGAGUACAGAAAAACAAUUUCCUUGUACUUUUAGCACUGUAAUGUUUCUGUCAGAUAGAUCGAUGACUUUACUGUUGAAGGUAUUGCCUCUGUGCCUCUGUGCCUCUGUGCCUCUGUGAUUUGAGGGUAAUUAUUUUUAGGUUAGUAUGUAAUUGCUAUAGCUGAAUCCAGUUACAUAACUAUAUUAAAACUGCACAAUAAUACAGUGCUGUUCAGUACACAAUGGUCACAAAACUCAAACUGUGCUCCAUAAACUGUGUUGUGCAGGACAAGUGGCUCCUUCACUCUGUCCUAAUGCUGGUCCAGUCCUGGAUUGAGCCAUUGGUGUACCUGCAAACCACCUUGGAUCGUUAUGACGACGCCCCUGACACUCUACUCAACAAGACCAAAUUGGUGUCGGAAAAACUCCUUAGUUUAGAACAAGGAGUCGUGGUCCUCAUCAGGAAGGUACUUCAGUAUCAUUACUCUAAUACUUGUGGCCUUUAGGCAUUGUUAAGCCCAAUGCAUUUUCACACAAUGCAAAUCCAUUAGCACUCAUUUGCUCACAUCUCUUACUCCUCUAUCAAUGCCUCAUUUCCUUGCCAUCACCUCUCUCUCUCUCUCUCUCUCUCUCUCUCUCUCUCAUCUCUCCUCUCGCUCUCUCUCUCUCUCUCUCUCUCUCUCUCUCUCUCUCUCUCUCUCUCUCUCUCUCUCUCAUCCCCCUGUCUACUCUGUCCUGUCCUUCCUGUGUACUAUAGAUGCUGGACGAGGGCAUGCUGACCACCUCCUACUACGAGCAGGGCGUGGCUCCAUACGACAUGCAGUCUGAGGUGCUGGAGUCAGUUCCGAGGGACUACACUCUUCUCAGCUGCUUCAAGAAGGACGCGCACAAGAUGGAGACCUUCCUCAAGCUCCUCAAGUGUCGCCAGACUGACAAAUACAGCUGUUUCCUUUACUAG